UCCUCCCUCCGGCGGGGCGGGGCUCCCUCUCCCGCCACUCCCUUCCCCUCCCCCCGUGCCGGUGUCGGGAGGUGUCUCCGCCGCUGGACCCCACCAUGGACUCGGACUCCUGCGCAUCCCCUCCCCCCACUCAGGAUUUCCCCCCCAGCUCCCGGAGGUGCCGCACCGUGGAAGACUUCAACAACUUCUGCACCUUCGUCCUGGCCUACGCGGGCUACAUCCCCUACCCCCAAGAGGACUCCGUGCGUAGCAGCCCCAGCAGCCCCCCCAACAGCACCGGCGGCACCAUUGACAGCGACAGCGGGGAGCCCCACUACGGGGAUGCCCCCUCCGCCAUCUCCCUGGGGCCGCUCAAGCGGGGCAACCCUUACUCUGCCCUCUACCCCUGGGAUGGGUCCGGCGGGUUCCUGCUGGAGAGGAAGAAGUCGGAGAAGAUGAGGAGGAAGAGGAAGAUGGGGAGGAGGGAAGGGCAGGCAGCCCCCGAGGAGGAGUACCGCCACCAGGCGAAGCGGCCGAAAGAGGAGGAGGAGGAGGAGGAGGAGGAGGGGCUCUACGCGGGGAGGACGCCCGCAAGCCCCUCCUCGGAAGGUGAGGCUCAAUCCUCUACGGAUCCAGAUCGCUGCUCAGCUUGGGACUCCGACACCCCCUCCAACGCCUCCUCGUACCCACCGGUGGUCCUCAAGGAGGAGCAGGGCCUGAUCCAGACGGUGGGCAAGCGCACCAUCAUCCGGCAGGGGAAGCAGGUGGUGUUCCGUGACGAAGAUGGCAGCGGCGAUGACGAAGACAUCAUGGUGGAUUCCGAUGACGAUUCCUGGGACCUCGUGACUUGCUUCUGCAUGAAGCCCUUUGCCGGACGGCCCAUGAUCGAAUGCAACGAGUGCCACACCUGGAUCCACCUCAGCUGCGCCAAAAUCCGCAAGUCCAACGUCCCCGAGGUCUACGUCUGCCAGAAGUGCCGGGAUUCCAAGUUCGACAUCCGACGCUCCAACCGCUCCCGGAUGGGCUCGCGCCGACAUUUCCUGGACUAGCGGGCGGACCGUCCCCUGAUAUGCAAAUUAACUCACCCUGCAGAACUCAAGACUCCUGCUGGCAGGGAAGGAGCAGCUAUACAAGCGAUGGGUUCCCUCUAUGCUGUGAGGUUGCUGGGCAUCAUGGUACCCUGGGGUCCUUUCAAGGCCCACUGUUGGGAAAGAGACUAAUUCCGAAGCCCGAAAUCAGGACUGGGUGGACAACAGCAAAGGGUUAGCAGCUUUUUGUAUGUGUCUAUUCCUCUCCGCUGCUUACCCUCUGACCCCAGCAUGAAAAUGUACCAUGGGUGCUGAGGAGCGGCACAUUGAAAUGCUAGAGAUGGGGUUGGGAGCAAAGUGUCUUGGGCAUUGAAAGAGGCCGCAGCUGUCCGUCUCUGUCCCAGGGACGUCCAGGUCUGUCCAGUUAAAGGACACACUAGGGGGGUAACCUGCCCCAUCCAGUGGUUGGUCUAUAGCUGGGGAUGCUACCCCUUAUUUGAAACCUGGCAGUUCUAAAAGCAGUGUUUGCAAGCUGGGCAUUGGAUGGAAGAAGCCAUCGGUGGGUGAGGCUGCAAAUGAAGGUUCGUCGUCCUGCCUGACCUUUUUUCCGACGUGGCUUUUGCUAACUCUAGAAGACUGGCCAAAUGUGGCUUCAGAUUGGCUGUCCCUUCUCCCCAGGUGCUCAGAGAAGCAGACCAGGUGUGCAUUUGGGUUUGUUUGUUUGAGCGACUGGGUGUAGACAUAUGUAGGAGGGAGCAAAAGACAGCCGCAGGUUAGAGAUCUCUUUAUGUGCUACGAAAGGUCAGGGCUGGCCCCUUCUAUUAUCAGAGGAGUUUGGAAGCCGUAGGCCCUGGGGAUUCUAGCCAAGGAGCCGCGAAAGGGAACAGAUGACGAGGAUGAAGACGCUUCUCUCAGAGUGGGAAAACAGGGGGGUAUCUCAGCAACACAGGACUCUGUGCACACUGAGAAGACCAGACGCUCUGUCCAAUGAGACAGAGAGGUGAGGGGAGAGCUUUUAUGGGGGAAAUACAUAGUUGAGCUGCUCCAUAGACCGUAACCAAGCGGCCCUCUUCUUGUCUCUGCUCGAGUGUAAAUAGCCAGCCUUGUGGCUAUUUCCUGUGGAGAAUUCAUGCAGGAUUGCAUGAAGAAUCUUGAGUUCUGUGGUGCCCAUAGACUCAAGCGAAGGGGUACUAAACAGAUGUUUGCAGAGAAUUCCCUCCACACCUACAUCAUCCUUUACCUAUAGGCUAGGUAAGGCCACUUUGGUCAGGUUCAUCUGCCUUGACCUCGAGACUCCACCCACAUGGAAAAUAUCGUGGAGGAGAUCUCGACCUGCCAAGAUUGAGAAAGUCAAACCCAGCUUGUUCUUUCAGGCAAAACCAUUCGGCAAAUAUGGUUUUCCCUGUAGCAAAAGCCUCCGGGACACUUUCCCAUUGAAAAGAAGCAUGACAGGUAGCCUGGGCCACCCCUGUCUCAGGUUUUUGCUUCUGCACAAUCGCAGUGGGAUUCUUUCCUCUAAUUUGCAGGUGUGAAACAAGACCUUUGGGUUGACUUCAGGGUUUUCGAGCUAGGAUUUCCAAUUUAGGAUUUCAUUUCAGUUCUUGGUGUUGUCUGUAUCUUCACACUGGGUGUGUCUGAUAACCCCAAAUUAUUGGACUUUUCAACAGAAGACACAUCUGCAUGUCUGAGUAUAUCCAUGUAUGAUUUCAGUUUUGGAGCUUUAAUUUUUUUUAAUAAAUGUUUUGUUUGUCAAAAAA